CGACGGCCGAUGGUUACGAGGCUGGUACGGAGUACUUGAUCACAACUCCAGCUGACCAUCUUCGAGGUUCAUUCCAUUCUCUACAAACACAACUCUUGUGCCUCUAGUCAAUCGCUCAUCUCAAUGCGCCGUGAAAAAGUCGGGGGACGUACACAACUCCAGUCGCUUCCCACAGAACCUUCUUCUCUUCGCCUACGAGCACGCUCACUCACACCAACCUCAAGGACCGAAACUGCAGUCUACAACACGGCUCAACCGACGCCGCAGACAGGCAUCCGUCAACCCUACACAUCGACCCUCCCCUACUCCUCGUCCUGCACGUCUUCUCCAACUAGCCCGCCAUGUCGAAUCCAUCCCAGCUCCUUCUUUUAGCCGACCACAUCAAACUCUCGCUCUUGGAACGUCAGCGCGCCAUCUCUCUCAACCUCGACCCCAACCCAUCUCAAGAUUCCAACGUCGCCCGCUCGUUAGAAUCCUUCCGCGAAGGCAUCGAUUCCCUCUCGUCGAAUCCCGACGCCGACACCGCAGCCCUCUCCCGACUACGCUCCCAGUACGGCGACCUCGCCCGGCAAUUCCACGGCGAACCACCCUCCACCACCAGUCCCACCACCCUCUCCUCUCCCAACGACCCGUCCCUCGAGGAAGACUUCACCCGCGCCCAGUCGCGCAAGUCCAACGAGGCACCGAGACCCCGUCGGUCCUCGAACCUGCGCACCCCGUCGUCAAAUCAUCAGGCGCCGUCCAAGAAUGUCCGGUUCCGCGACAACCCGUCCCAGGAGUCUCUCAACGACGCCGAGGACGAGGCGACCCGCGCCGCCCUCUUUCCGUCCCGGUACACCGACGGCGAUGCGAAUCGCGCCCAGACCCCCGACCCGACGGAGUCCAUGGACAACGUGCAGAUACACGCCUACCACCAGCAGGUGAUAGCCGAGCAGGACGAGCAGCUCGACAGGUUGGGGGAGAGUAUCGGGCGUCAACGUCACCUGGCCAUGCAGGUCGGCGACGAGCUCGAAGGGCAAAUCGCGCUCCUGGACGAGGUCGACCGGGGCGUGGACAGGCAUCAGGGCAGACUCGACGGGGCGAAGAGGAGGUUGAAGACGGUCAGUCAACGGGCGAAGCAGAAUUGGGGCAUGACGACAAUUAUAGUAUUGAUUGUCAUCUUGGUUUUGUUGAUUGUUCUCUUGAAAUGAGAGUCUAGAAAAAGAGUGACGCUAAUGGAGGACGAGGAUCAAGAACAAAGGCUUUGAUUUUCUGGACGAGAGCGAUAACGACGAGGCAGAGGAGUUGAUACAUCCUGCCUUCUGAUACGGUGGUGGUAAGAGCCGCCUUCGGGCAUGAUAUACCAUACCCUCGAUUUCAAGGUGCCGGUGUAUAUAGGUGGAUUCUUUGAGGUUGACGAGGGGAACAGUUGUAACAUACAUGCUUGCUGAGCGAGUUCAUUCCAUGAGGUACGCAUCGGCGAAGAAUGGGUCGUUUUACACUACACUCUCUGCAGAUUGCACACUGCAGACUGAAGAGGAUCUUGGUAACCUAUAGCUUACCUUGCCUUAUCCGAGUACCAAUCUAGGUACCAAUCCAGGUUGGAAGUCCGGCGCGAAGUAAUUACGAUUAAUGAAAUGAAGAUUAGAAAAAAAAAAGAUUCUAG